CUCUCUCUGGUCUGCGUUGACACCGGCCAUCCAGCACAGAGCAGCCUCGACUGCCGUAUUCAGAGAUCCCAGCUCUCCCAGUUCCUGUUUCCGCCGCAGCCUUUUUUCUUACUCAGAUUUUUUUUAUUUUUUUUGUUGGUCUGGAGCAACAACUCUCGGCUGCCGCUGCGUCAGACCCAGCCUCCGCAGCCCUCCGGUCGGAUGCCGCUGGAAGCCGGUGUACCAUGCCGAGACUGUUGACCCACACUCUACAAGCUGCUAACAGCUACUUUGUGACCAUGACAGACUGCCAAACAUCAGGAUCAUCGGCUUACAGAAAAUGACCUCCUCAUAUGUACAGCUAAGAGCUGAUAGUAGGACCCAACUCAAAUAAAAGAACCCCGUGGGACAGGAGGGAAACAGCAGGACUGUGUGGGACAAGCUGGUCAACACGGAGCUGGGUGGAGGGGAGAAGGCACCAAUCAAAACACAGACUUCAGAGCAUGCUAGCCAUGCUUUAGCACACACACGAAAGGCUGGUUGAUUGCUGGAGAAACACCCGCUGCCUUUUAUUACACACUUCUGAGCCACAAACACACGCCUUUCCAUCUCAUCUGUAAUUUACUGAACACCAUCCCUGCCAAGAUGCCGAUGCCAGGGUUGGCACUGUGGCACUUGUGGUGACGGGGCACAGAGUGUGUGUGCACAUCCGGCAGGCAGGCCGGUGGGUCGGUGGGUGUACAGGCACACCGAGAGGCAUUUUCGGGUGGGCUCGGUUGAACCAUGCGGCCCUGGGCGGGUUCAUGGCGUUGGAUUACCCUGGUGCUGUUGGCCUGGGGCACGCUCCUCUUCUACAUCGGUGGUCACUUGGUGAGAGACAGCGAGCACCCGGAGCGGUCUAGCCGGGAGCUCUCCAAGAUCCUGGCUAAGCUCGAGCGGCUCAAGCAGCAGAAUGAAGACCUGCGGCGCAUGGCCGAAUCGCUCAGGAUACCAGAGGGUCAGGCAGAAGCCGGGUCCCUGGCUGCAGGGCGACUGCGCUCCCUGGAGGACCAGUUAACCAGAGCCAAACAGAAGAUCCACAGCUUCCAGAAACUCACUGGAGAUGGCCCUGGGCCUACUCAGGAGGAGCUGCGGAGGAGGGUGGAGAAUGGCGUUAAGGAGUUCUGGUACUUUGUCCGCAGCGAGGUGAAGAAACUGGCUAUCGUUGAGCCCAGCGAGAGGCAGAAGUAUGCCGACACGCUCUUGCAAGACUUGGGACACCAGGAAAGGUCCAUCAUGACAGAUUUGUACUACCUCAGCCAGGCGGACGGAGUGGGCGAGUGGAGAGUGAAGGAAGCUAAAGACCUGUCGGAUCUCGUCCAGAACAGAAUCACCUACCUACAGAACCCCCCAGACUGCAGUAAGGCGAGAAAGCUGGUGUGUAACAUCAAUAAGGGCUGUGGCUAUGGCUGCCAGCUCCACCAUGUCGUCUACUGCUUCAUGAUCGCUUAUGGCACCCAGCGCACGCUCAUCCUGGAGUCUCACAACUGGCGCUACGCCCCCGGCGCUGGGGAGACCGUCUUCGCUGCCCUGUCGAGUAACACCUGCACCGACCGGCCUCCUGGGGCCACCACUGGACACUGGCAGCUUGAGGCUGCUGUCAAUUUUGGUCACCACAAGGAAGGAGAGUGUCUGGGUGAGGUCCACCUGGAGAGGGAAGGACUUCAGAGUUCUACUGUUGGCCUUGAUGUGUAUGGAGGUCUGGCAGUGCAUGGGGGCUUUCUGCUGCCCAGAGAGGUGACCUUCGUAAUCAGUCAUGCUCAACCUCCCGCCCAGGGCUUCUGCCAAGCAGGACUCAGCCUAAAGGGGCCAAUGCCAGACCAUCAACCACCCAAUGCCUCCAAUCCAGGAAUCCUGAGUGUCUUAUACUCAACAUGCUCCUUUUCUGACCAUCCAGGAGAGGCCCAUGAUAAGGACGUCCAAGUUGUGGAGUUGCCAAUAGUGGACAGUCUCCAUCCUCGGCCCCCCUACCUGCCCCUGGCGAUCCCAGAGGACCUGGCCCCGCGCCUGCACCGUCUGCACGGCGACCCCUCCGUCUGGUGGGUGUCCCAGUUUGUCAAGUACCUGGUCCGUCCACAGGCGUGGCUGGAGAAGGAGAUCCAGCAGAGCACCGCCAAGCUAGGCUUCAAACACCCCAUCAUUGGAGUCCAUGUGAGGAGGACAGAUAAAGUGGGGACGGAGGCAGCCUUCCACCCCAUCGAGGAGUACAUGCUGCAUGUGGAGGAGCAGUUCCAACAUCUGGCCAGACGUGUCCACGUGGACAAGAAACGAGUUUACCUGGCUACUGAUGAUCCGUCCCUGCUGCAGGAAGCCAAGACCAAGUAUCCAGACUAUGAGUUCAUCAGUGACAACUCAAUCUCGUGGUCGGCAGGCCUUCACAACCGCUACACCGAGAACUCGCUGAGAGGCGUCAUCCUGGACAUCCACUUCCUGUCUCAGACCGACUUCCUGGUCUGCACCUUCUCCUCACAGGUCUGCCGUGUGGCCUAUGAGAUUAUGCAGAUGCUGCAUCCAGAUGCCUCCUCUUUCUUCUACUCCCUGGAUGACAUCUACUACUUUGGAGGUCAAAACGCCCACAACCAGAUCGCCAUCUACCCCCACCAACCACGCAACAGCGAGGACAUUCCCCUGGAGCCUGGCGAUGUGAUCGGCGUGGCCGGCAACCACUGGGACGGAUACUCCAAAGGCAUCAAUCGCAAACUGGGCCGCACCGGCCUCUACCCUUCCUACAAGGUCAAAGAAAAAAUCGAGACCGUGAAGUACCCGACGUACCCCGAGGCUGACAAACUGCUCAACUCUCAAAAGAAGUAAAAGAAGAAAUGAAAAAAAUAAAAGAGAAGGAGUGAGGAGAAACACGCAGACUCCGAUUCCAGGGAAGGAGGCUGCUUUUGUACAGAAGAAGAGAGGCGUACUUAGUGCGCUAAGCUGAGAAGAAAAGAAAAAGCCUGUACCCAGGGGUGAUAGGAAUGAGAAUGCACUCUGUGUGUUUAUGUGAGAGCGUGUGUGUGUGUGUAUGUGUGCGCGAACGUGUGUGUAUGCACUUGUGUAAAUGCCUGUGCAUAUGUCAGGUCAUGGAGACUUGCACCCAACCACUACUCCCCCUGCCCGAUGCUCUGACGUCGGGUCUGUAGAGAUGUAGACGUUGAACAUUGAUUUUAAAUAAAGCAAGAAAACAAUUAAAAUCCACACAACUGACCGAGCUCGCUUUCCGGAGACAGGACUGGGACUACUGUAAGACUGGCACACACCAGAGUUAGCUUUGAAUCAAUGACUGAAAAAAAAAAAAGACAAACUGGAAAAAAGUGUUUUGAUUUUUAUUUAAUUCUUUUCAGUGGUUUUGAUUCUAAUCUUGCCUUUUUUCUUUUUCUCCUGUUUUUUUGUUUACUGAAUGUACUGUAUCCUCUUCUUGCCAUGCCCACCGCUACCCCAUUCCCCCACCUCCUCCUCCUGCUCCACUCACUGUGCUUUCCGCCAUUUUGUCUCUACACGUGCAAUUAAUUUUAAAAUACCAUAUUGUGCUUUUAUCAAGUGUUUUUAACGGUCUUAAUUUUGUGUGUAUGGGGCUUGUGCAUUGUAUACUGUACAGUGAGCGUGUAUGCGUGCGUGGAUGGAUGUGUGUGAUCAAGUGUGCCUGUGUGUGCUGUUUAAGUCUAAGGGGCCAUGUCGCGACCUGGUGCCUGGUUAUUGGUGAGCAGUGUGUGUUUUUAUUUCCGGCUUUCCUCCCGACUGAAUAGUGUUUGUGUGGCCAGCGGGAGACAGGCGGUGACAGUGGGGAUUGUCCUGCGCCCCCCCUAGCACUUAGAACAAUGGUGAACUCCAGUCACUCCGCUGGUGACCUCUAGUGAACAAUGGUAAGAUUAUGUGGAGUAUGGUGAACUCAUGGUGCACGCACACACCACAGACACAGGAGCCGUCCUGAGGCUCACCAAAAGAAGCACUCCACUGAGAUAGUGUCCUUUUCUCUGCUGUCUCUUCUGUCCAUCUGUUUGUUUGUUUUUUUUACUUUUAACAUUGCUGUUUUAAAAUAAAUAAAGAAAAAUUUGCCUAUGUUUAAAAAUGAUGAUGCUAUGUCAUAUCAAACUCAGAGUCCCCAUCAUGAAGGCUUUUUUUUUUUUUCAUAAAUUAUGUUCUUGGGCAUUGUCUUUGAUAACCACAGAUCGAAUAAACUUGAGAAACCAA